AUGGAUGUACAGAAUGCAAAGCAUCACAUACUCCUCCUGGGCGGGACUGGAAUCUGUGGUCUGAUCUUCACUGAAGCAGCUCUACGAGCUGGGCACACACUCACGCUCUAUGUGCGAACACCUUCCAAGAUCCCACCAGAACUUUCAUCGAAUAGCAACCUCAAUGUUAUCCAGGGCGAAUUUCAUGAUGAGGAAGCAAUGAAGAAAGCUUCGGGUUGCGGAGCCGAUGUUUUCAUAUCUCUCGCCGGUCCUACGCUCGGGAAACGAGAAGGCACUCCCAUAACCAACGCCCUCUGUAUUCUUUACCCUCUCCUUCUCGCAAACGGAACCACGAAGCGGAUCAUGAUUCUUUCCACUGCGUCCUAUUCGGCUCCCCAAGACAAGCGCAGCUUGAAAUGGUAUAUGGCAAUAAAUUUCUACGUCAAGAUAAUUGGAGGAGAUUCCUACAAGGAGAUAUCAAGCAUGGCCAAAGAGACAGUCGCGCUUGGGAGAAGAUUGAUUGGACUGUCUUCCGAGUCCCACUAUUGA